GUAACGACACCAUAAACCAGGGCCACACAUCGCUAUGUAACCAGUUUAAGAUGGAGGAGACAAACUGGUUUACCUGCACUGUACUGAACUGGAGGAGGGGCCUGUUCACACAGGAAGAAUAACACAGGUGGAGAAGUCGUCCUGAAGCUGGUUGUGUGAUAAGAAGCUUCUCUGGAGGUGAAGUGAAGUGUUGUCAGAGCUGCUGAUGUCCUGAAGGACUUAAAGUCUCUCUUAGUCUGACAGGAAGAUGAAGAUGUUGCUGGUGAUGGUCCUCCUCCUGCACGUUUCCCAGCAUGCCCUGGCUGGGGUGGUGGAGGUGAAUGAGGGGGCGGAGUCGGUCCUUCUGCCCUGUGAGUACGAUGGUAUUCUACCUGAAGAAAACCUCAGAGUUGUGUGGACUCGCAGCGAUCUCAGUCCCAGAUUUGUCCACCAGAGAGGAGAAGAAGGUGAUCUGGAAGAACAGAACCAGCGUUACAGAGGACGGACAUCAAUGAAACCUGAUGCUUUAGACUCUUUAGACUUCAGUCUCACUCUGAGAAAACCACAUCUGUCUGACAGCAGCAACUACACCUGCUCCAUCACUGAUGGAGUAGAUGUACGGAAAGUAACGGAUGUUGAGCUGAAGGUGAAAGACCAUCAGGAGGAGGUGAAGGUGACUGAGGGGGCGGAGUCUGUCAUCCUGCCCUGCAGAACCACACCUGACCUGCCCAAAGACGUCACUGUGGAGUGGACUCGCUCUGAUCCAGAUUUUAUGAUGGUUCAUGUCUAUCCAAACACAAGUAAAGAUUUUAUGAAACAGAGCAAGUUUUACAGAGACCGUACAGAGAUGUACGAAGACCUGCUGAGAUCUGGAGACGUCAGUCUGACCCUGAAACACCCCACAGACAGAGACACGGGAAGCUACGUCUGCACCGUCUACAGAGACAAAGACAUCCUGAGACAGAAAGUAGUUCUGAUACACGUCAAAGGACCAUUUCCAUCCUGGGCCACAGCUGUUCUGGUUCUCCUGGCUCUGGUUCUUAUCGUCUCUGCUGGUGUUUUAUAUCAUUUUAGAUUCUAUUUCAUGUCAGAAGCUGAGACAGAAAUGUGAAGAGAAAGUUCAGGU